AUGGCCCUAACCCUCCCUCUCCGCUCUCCCCUCCGCCCCGCUCUCCCCUCCGCCCCCCUCGGCCCGCUCUCCCCUCCGCCCCCCUCGCCCCGCUCUCCCCUCCGCUCCCCUCGCCCCGCUCUCCCCUCCGCCCCCCUCGCCCCGCUCUCCCCUCCGCCCCCCUCGCCCCGCUCUCCCCUCCGCCCCCCUCGCCCCGCUCUCCCCUCUGCUCCCCUCGCCCCGCUCUCCCCUCCGCCCCCCUCGCCCCGCUCUCCCCUCCGCCCCCCUCGCCCCGCUCUCCCCUCCGCCCCCCUCGCCCCGCUCUCCCCUCCGCCCCCCUCGGCCCGCUCUCCCCUCGGCCCGCUCUCCCCUCCGCCCCCCUCGGAGGCCCUACACAGGGAGCAGAUGUUGGAACAGAAGUUGGCAACGCUGCAGUGCCUACUGGCCACCACACAGGAGGCUUCAGAGAGCAGCUGGCAGGCUCUGAUAGAUGAGGACCGGCUUCUCUCCAGACUAGAGGUGAUGGGCAACCAGCUGCAGUCCUACUCUAAAAACCAAACAGAGGAUGGGAUGCGUAACGAGCUGGUAACUCUGCAGGAAGACAAAUUCAACUAUGAGAUUACUGCCAAAGAGUCCCUGAGGAGGGUCCUACAAGAGAAGAUAGAGGUGGCCAGGAAGCUGUCAGAGGUUGAGCGAAGCCUCAGUAACACGGAGGAUGAGUGUUCCCACCUGAAGGAGAUGAAGGAGAGGAACCAUGAAGAGCUCAGAGAACUGGCUAAUAAAUACAACGGAGCCGUCAACGAGAUCAAGAACCUCACUGACAAGAUAAAGCUGGCAGAGGGUCGUCAGGAGGAGUUGACUCAGAGGGGUCAGAUGGAGAAGAAGGAACUGCAGCUUUGUAUCGAUGAGCUGGAGGAGAGGGAACAGACUCUACAGGCCCGUUUUGAGGCCUUACAGGCUGAUAACGACUUCUCUAACGAACGCCUCACUGCACUGCAAGUUGGUUUAGAACAGCUGCAGGAGAAAAGCAUCAAGGACAACAACAGUUUAGCUGUGAAGCAGUUGAAAGAAGCAAUGGGUUCAUCGUUGCACAAGCUGGCUAACUUUGAUGAGGUUAUAGAUGCCCACCUGCAGAACAGCCAGACAGCAGCAGGAGAGCGCCUUGACAAUCCUGACAGACUCAAAGAAAACCACCUGGUUGCUAAAGACUCUGAAAUGUCAGAUACACUGAGCCCCAGCAAGGACCGCAGCAGUGACGACACGUCAGAUGGAAACAUGGAUGAUCAUGAGCUGAACGAGCCACAGAACAGGGUCGCCCUGCUCAAAGAUGAGCUGCGGAUGGCCAACCUGGAGCCUAGGGACAGAGAGCAGGUGAUUCACCACCUCCACAAAGAACUGCUGGAGACCCAGGAGUUGGCCAACACAGGCAAGCAGAAGUGUCUGGAGCUCCAGGCCUUACUGGAAGAGGAGAGGAGGAGUAACAAGCAGCAGACUGAGGAGUCAGCCAAGCAGAUCCAGUACCUACAGAGUCAGUUGGGGAAGCUAGCGGUAGACAUGGAGGAGCUGAAGGAGCAAAGAGAGAGCAGCGUCAGCAGCACACAGGAGGAGCUGUACUCGGCUCAGGAGGAGGUGCUAGUUCUCCACCACGCCAUGGAGGCCGCCACGGCCGAGAGGGAGCGAGACAUCUCCGCCCUGCAGAGGGACCUGGGAGGUGUCACGGCCGAGCUGGAGAAGUGGCGUCAGGCUGCGUCCAAAUACGAACAGGAGAUCAACUCCCUGCAGGCCACCUUCCAACAGCAGAGCCUGCACCAGCAGAGUACUAACGAUCUACAAGGACACCUACAACACCAGUUGACACUGGAAGGCCAAGAAGAUCACCCCAGCCACGCCCUGCACCACAGCCACGCCCUGUCCUCCCUGCCACGCCCUGCCACGCCCUGUCCUCCCUGCCACGCCCUGUCCUCCCUGCCACGCCCUGCACCACAGCCACGCCCUGUCCUCCAUGCCACGCCCUGCACCACAGCCACGCACUGUCCUCCCUGCUUCAAUCACUCAGACGAGGGCAAAUACUGCAGCGGUGGGAGUGACCUCAACCCACCUUGUACAGGCAGCGGUGGGAGUGACCUCAACCCACCUUGUACAGGCAGCGGUGGGAGUGACCUCAACCCACCUUGUACAGGCAGCGGUGGGAGUGACCUCAACCCACCUUGUACAGGCAGCGGUGGGAGUGACCUCAACCCACCCCCUAACAUGUCUAGUGUGACGGCUACGGUGUUCAGUUGA